CCUGUCAUCGAAACUAAAUCAAAUCUGAACCUUUCAGAUCUGAGAGAGGAUAACUUAUUUUCGAAGACAAAAUUCAUUUGAAAUUCACUACCAAACAAAUUCAAAAUCAAUCUAUUAAAAUUACUGUUUGGGUUUCAAUUUGGGAAUUUCAUCUAAAUCAAUGAAUGAUCAGCAAACACAGAUGAUGAUCAAUCAAGCUCAUAUCAUGAAUCAACAACCUCCGCCGCUUCCUCCGCUUUUGCCGCAGGUGAUGAAUCAGCAGCCUCAAUUGCCGGUUCAAUCUCAGUUGUUUAUGUUGAAUCACGGCUACGUUGGUAGCAGUAAUACUAAUCUUAAUAAUAAUAGUAAUAAUAAUAAGCAACUGAAGCCGUGGCAAACUUUGCAGCAAAACCCUAGCAAGAUUGGUACUUUUGGCGUGUCUAAACCGAGGAGUAAUAAUAAUAAUAAUAAUAGUUGGAAGGCGAAGAAGAUGAAACAGAGUGUUGGCCAAGGUAGUACUCAAGGUUACAACCCUCCGACGCUUCAUGAAUUGCAGUCGCAGAAUCGUCAAAAGACAAGGAAGUUUUAUUCCAAUAAGAAGAAGUUUAAUGAUAAUGGGAAUAAUAACAAUAGGUUUGCUCCAUAUGCUCCCCGUAAUACUACUUCUUUUAUUAUUAGAGCUAAGAAAUCCGGUGGGAUUGCUUCUUUGGUUUCGCCAUGCCCUGUGACGCCUGCCGUCUUGCCUACUCCGGUAUUUUCACCCUCAAGGGAGGUGUUGGUUGACAUGGCAAAAGAAGAGUGGGGAGUUGACGGGUAUGGUUCAAUGAAGGGUUUGAUUAGGUUAAGAUCAGGAAGUGAACUUGAGAAUGAGCAAGAUGAGGAAGAUGAUGAUGAUGCUAACGGGUCUAGUGACAGUGAUGUAGAGGAGCAUGUUGAAGUUGAGAGGAGAUUAGAUCAUGAUUUGAGUCGUUUUGAAAUGAUAUAUCCGAAUUAUAGUGGUAGUGGUUCUGGUGGAGAUUAUAAUAAUGUUUUGGAGAACAGGGUGGAUGAUCAGGAUAGUCAUAUUGCACAAUUGGAGGAGGAGAACUUGACAUUGAAAGAGAGGUUGUUUUUGAUGGAGAGAGAGAUGGCAGAUAUGAGGAGAAGGCUGCUGUUUCUCGAGAGACAGAGUAGCAAUCAUCAAAUUGGUGUGUGUGGGGAAGGUGGUAAUGAGGAGGUAGUGGAAAAUGGAUCAGAGAAUGAGAGUGAAAAUUGUUCAGAUUUUCGUGAAGGUAAAGAACAUAAUAAUGAAGAUGUUUGUAUGGAAGAGUGUGUACCUAAUGACGCGAAGAAAGAAGAAAAAGAGGAAAAGACAAUUAAGAAUGAGUUUGUGAAUGAAGACAUGAUAGCAGAAGAGGAUGGUCAAAGAAAGCUAGAAAAGGUGGAUGAUCAAAUGGGUGAAGAGGAUAAAGCCAAGAGACAAGAAAAAGAAGCUGGGAAGGGAAUUCGGUAAGGUAGAGUCGAUGUUGUGGAGAAAGAAAAGGGCAUAGUUGAGCAAGCUUGUUUAGAAGAGCAUUGAUGGUGGGGACUAAUGUGAUCGUACUGGCAAUAUAUGUCUGGGUAUAGUUAUUUGGAAUGUUUUGUGCAGCUUAUGGAUAUAUGGCGUCCAUGUCGAUGUAACAUAGUUUAUGCUAUAUUUUUCUUGCAGUCCUUGUUUGUCUUACAGGGAAAGAGAGGAAGGCUGGACUGGUUCUUUAUUCUUUGUCCUUGUUUGACUUAGGUAGUGGGUAGGCCUAGUUUCUUUAUCUCUCCUUUUCUUUCUGGGUUCUAUUUGUGUUUCUUCUGCUAGGUAGUUGAGUUCUCUGUUGGAGACAUAUAUCUGUAUGUCUGUUGAAAUGUACUAGGUAAAUUAAUGAACUAUUGUGUACUGGAAUUUCUUUUGCUUAAUAACUUUGUCCUUUUCAAUAAAGUUAUUAUUUGUGUA